UAUUUUCAAUACCGAUAACUCUAGGCAGAGAAGUCGUCGCCAGCGCCGCACGUUGGUACUAUUGGAGGUACAGGUUAAUUAGAUUUUAUUGUAUGUGAAAUACAUUUUGUUAAAUUACACGUGCGUUCGGAGGUUACAUGUGACUAUAUAUUUUCGCAAAUUAUUUCUCUAAACACUAUGGAUGCUCACGAUCUUUUCCGAAAAUUAUCAGUUGGUACUAAAUUCGAUACAAAACGCUUUCGACGUGAUGCAGAAAGAUUUCAGAUGAUAAAGCCAAUCGAAAAUAACGUAAACAUUAAGAAGGAAGAUAAAAUUAAGGAUGAGGAAUUUGAAUCUGUAAAAAAUAACUUAAAAAGAAAACAUCACGAAAACGAAGAUGAAGAAGGUGGAAUAACAUUGCUGGAUGGUCUGUCCAAAGGUGAAAAUGUUAAGAAACGUAAAAAAGUUGCGACCGCUGAUAAAAUAUUGAAAAUGGAGCAAGAAAAGAUAAAUCAUUUAAGAAAUUUAAAUCGUAUAUCCGUUACUGGUAGCCGUGUACCUAAAUUGAUGUUAGAAUUUGACGAACUAGGAACUGAGUAUCAAGUACCAGAAAUUUUGUUGAAUAACAUGAAAAAUUGUGGAUAUGUAUAUCCAACACCAAUACAAAUGCAGGCAAUACCAGUUAUGCUAGAAGGUAGACAAGUAUUGGCUUGUGCUCCGACAGGAUCAGGAAAAACUGCAGCAUUUUUGUUACCCAUAAUUCACAGUUUAAAGGGUCCACAAAAGAAAGGCUUCCGUGCUAUUAUUUUGAGUCCUACGAGAGAAUUGGCCAAACAAACAUAUAGAGAAUGCUUAAGAUUGAGCGAUGGUUGUGAUUUUAGGAUUCAUAUUAUUAGCAAAGUGAAUCAGGCUCUCUCCAAAUAUGGACCAUCGAGUUCUCAAAAAUUCGAUAUUUUAAUUACCACACCGAAGCGACUGGUCUUUCUCUUAAAUCAAGAUCCUCCAGCCAUUUCGUUAAAUAACGUGGAAUGGCUGAUUGUGGACGAAGCGGAUAAACUUUUUGAAGAAGGAACACGCGGAUUCAGGGAGCAAUUGAAUGAGAUUACGAGAGCUUGUACCAAUGAGAAUUUACGUCGGGGUAUGUUCAGUGCGACGAACACUCCCGUGGUUUCGAAAUGGUGCCGACGCAACAUGAAGGGACUUGUAACGAUAACGGUCGGACAAAGAAAUGCAGCUACAGAUAUGGUAGACCAGGAACUUCUAUUUGUUGGUAGCGAAAGAGGCAAGUUAGUCGAAUUUAGGAAUAUCAUCCUGAAGGGUAUAACACCACCAGUCUUGGUAUUUGUGCAAAGCAAAGAACGGGCUCAAGAACUCUUCAAUGAGCUUAUUUACGACGGGAUUAAUGUGGAUGUUAUUCACGCUGACAGAACAAUGACGCAGCGUGACAAUAUUGUGCGUUGCUUCAGAGAGGGAAAAAUCUGGGUUUUGAUUUGCACAGAGUUGAUGGGCAGAGGCAUCGAUUUCAAAGGUGUAAAUCUCGUUAUAAAUUACGAUUUCCCGCCAACUGCUAUCUCGUACAUCCACAGAAUAGGUCGUACUGGUCGCGCCGGUCACAAGGGAAAAGCUGUAACAUUUUUCACCCAACAAGAUACGGUGAAUCUACGAAGCAUUGCGGCGGUUAUGCGGGCAUCCGGGUGCGACGUACCGGAUUAUAUGCUGGCUAUAAAGAAACAUAGUAAAAAGGAACGACGGAAACUCGAGCGUACGGCACCUACGCGCGAAAAAAUAUUGACCGUACCUACGUACAAGCGACAUAAGAAAAACUCGCGUGUCGAGAAGAAAUCAGCCGGAGAAGAGAACGUACAAGCGUGAGUACGAUACUCUUGAUACUUCGCAAGAGUGUCUAAUAAAAAAGAUAUAUCUAAAUGAUAGAUAAGAGAUUUCUGUGAAAUAUCAGAGAGAUGUAGGAAUAUAUAAAAUCUGUAAAUAAUUUAUUUGUAUAACAUGUAAUUACAUAUAAAUUUAUACG